CAUUUGGAUGAGCUGUCAGUGUAAUAAAGUAACAUUUUGUAAAAUUACGGAAAUUAAUAUUAGAAAAUCUUAUAAAAAUGAAUGACAACGAAAAAGAAGAGGCUGCUAAUCUGAAAGAAGAGUUUGAAUGGGUGCUUCGUGAAGAAGUACACGCUAUAUUACAUCAGCUCCAUUCAGUAUUAGUCGAAUGUGCUCAUAGGUUUCCUGUGCCUUUAUAUGGGAAUGAAGGUCAAAAGCAGGAUAAAUUCAUUCUUACUUCACAACCAGAGCAGCUCAAAUGUAUUGUCACCUUAACUGGUGAUAGCAUUAGUCAUGCAGACAUCAGUUUUAAAGUUUUAAGGCAAAUGCACUCUAUAUGUCGCACAUCAAUCAACCAGGAUGGGCCGUGGAAGCUACAACAAAUACAAGACGCAGCUAACCAUUUGCAGCAAGCUAUAGGCUACAUUGACAAUGUUGAUAAACAUUAUGUGUUCAGGUCUUCCGAAGAGGUUUUACACAUUAUACAAUGCCUACUCGGUUCCCUACAGAGGGCUCGGACUGCUUUAGUUUUACCUAAGAAGAAAACGAUAGACGAGCUUAUGAAGAGUAGAAACAUGAAAGCACUAUCACCGAAUCUGCCUGAAGAUCUAGCAAUAUCAUUUUAUAUACAGUCUCAUAAGUUGAUAUUUGUGGCGUACCAGUUGAGUUCAGUGCACGGUACGAUGCGUAUAGACUCCUGUCAGGCGGAAUGUGCGGUGCCCUGGUUGAGUGAUGUUCUGUUCAUGUUAACGGCCGCACUACAUAUGUGUCAACAGCUAAAAGAUAAGCUGUGCGUAUUCUCUCAAUACAAAGAUUUUACAGUUGGUUCAAGAUCUGCUUCCAUGGUGUUCAAUUGAGUAUUGCCCUAGAGUUCUAUUGCAUUGACAUUUGUAAAUAUUGUCUACUCUUUCAUUCUCGAUGAU